AUGCAUCAAUUUGAGAAGCCAAAACGACUUCAACAGAUCAUUUUACCACCUUAUAUCAAUCGUGGACAGCAAAGAAUUAUUCGUGAAAAACAAAAAAAUAUUUCAUCAGUACCAUUUUUAGAUGUGGAACUUUGUUAUUGGUAUAAAGUUGGAUGUAAACAACGUGGUAUACAUAGUCGACCUUACACGUACGCUGUGAUCACGUUAGAAUCAUUGCUAAUUUUAAUUGUUUUCUUACUUCUUGCAAUAAUCCUUCAAUCAAUAAAUGCUUCACCUGAUGCACCAAUUAAUGCAUUCAUUACGCAGCGUAAUUAUUUUUUACGAAUACAAAAUUCGAUUGCAACAAAACGACUAGUACGAUCGAUUGAUGAGUAUUUUUACAAACAAUAUCGAUAUCUUAUAAAUGGAACCAUUCCAAUUUCACCAUCUUUAAUAAUGAUUGCUAUGGCAGCGAUUAUGAUUUUAACUGGACCAGAAGAAAAGGAUCAUUGUAGAAAUCGCUUGGCAUCAAUAGCAUCAGAUAGCAUAAUGCAAUGUAACACAUUGGUAUGA